ACUUCCGGGUCACCUGUCUUGCUUUGCGUCUCUCUUCAAAAGAGAAAUUUAGUAAAAAUCUAAAUCGGCUCGUUGUUUGACUUUGGUUCUCUCGUAUUUUGGUUUUUGGCUUCAGACAACAAAAACGUGAAAACAGUGGUGCUCUUCUAUUCUCCUGUUUCUCGUUUAAAACGUGGUAUUUCUGCGUGUGUGCUGUAAGGAGGAACUAGUACACAGCUCAGGCGGGGCUGUUCCUCCCUCUGUCCCGUAGCGGUCGUCUCAGCUCAUCUGUGUACAUUUACAGCGACAGCAACCCGUUUCCAGCCGGGGACACCGGGACUAGCGAGGCUCACGUUGAGGGAGUAUCACUGACCGGAAUGCCCCAACAGCACGGCUAACACGUUUUCACGGCUGACGAUGGCUUCGGUGCGGAUGGUCGGCAAAGUUACGGCGAGACUUUUGGGAAGUAUUCAGCCUCUUCGCUGCGGUCUCAAAACUACCCGCCCGCUUCCAUUUCUUCACCAGGUUCAAAAAAGGCCGUCUGUACUUGGAGACUGUCGAGCUCUUUUCUACAGUACCCUCGCACCCUCCAGUGAUGUGUCUUUGAGGUACAAAUAUGGCCGUUUGGUUCUGGAGGUCCCCUUGCCCUCCAGGCAAGAGAAAUGUCUGUUCUUCCUCAGGCCCAUGCUAAUGAGCGUAGGAGACCUGGUGGCAGAUCUGCAUCGAGAAGACCCCGGAGCCACAACUUCAGUUUUCACCAAGGAUGGAGAGCCGAUAUCAAACACCAUGCUGAUAGACGCCCUGUUGGACAAGGACUUCCAGCUCGUCAUCAAUGAUGCCGUUCAUAAUGUCUGCGCUCCUGAAAAGGUGAGUACCAGUGAGCAUGCCUUGGAGUUGAAGGACAUGAAGCAUGUCGUGCAUCUGCUGCACACGGCGCUCCACCUGCCUGAACACCACCUGCUGAAAGAGAGGCAGCUGCUGGAGAGACUGGACAACCUCAAACAGGAGCUGUCCCCUCUGGAGAAGAUGAGGGCACAGCUGUCCCUCACAGCAGAUUUCCGGAGCUCCAGGGUCAUCUGGACCGGCAUGGCCUUGUUAUCUGUGCAGGGUGGCGCUCUGACCUGGCUCACAUGGUGGGUCUAUUCAUGGGACGUCAUGGAGCCGGUCACUUACUUCAUCACCUACGCCACCAGCAUCGGAGUCUUCACCUAUUACGUCCUUACCAAACAGGAUUAUUUAUACCCAGACGCUAAAGACCGACAGUUCCUGCGUUACUUUUAUAAGGCGGCCAGCCAGAACAACUUCAACGUUGAAAAAUACAAUGAACUGAAGGACGAGAUGGCUGAGGUGGAGGAGGACCUGAGACGUCUGAGAUAUCCCACUCAAUUUCAGCUUCCACUUGAACAGCUCCAGCCUAAGCCGUGAACAAAGCCAUGAUGAAUAAUGGUCACUUAGACCGUAACGCUCCAGAGUAAAAACGAAUUUUCUGCUUUAUUUUGAUAAUGGUGCCUUUCUACCGGAAAUCCAUGUCAUUCUGUGUUUUGUUUAGUCUUGAUAAUGAUGCCAAUUAUGUCUUUGAGAAAAGUACAAACACUGAGGACUAAUGAAAUAUAAAGUAUUCCCAAACAUUG